AUGGAAGCAGUCCCUGCAGAUUUCGGCAAACGCGUGUACCAAGGGGUGCGAGUGAAGCACACGGUCAAGGAUCUCCUGGCUGAAAAGCGAUCCCGGCAGAGCAGCGGCUCCCGCUUCAGCGGCAGCACCAGCACAGCACAGUCACCCUUUGGCCAAAUGCCAGGCUCUCCCACCACCGCUGGUUACUACGGCGUGCGCAGACCCUUCCCAUCCGAGCUGGAUUUCCACGGCACCAAGCAGUUUGGCAGCGAUGCCUACCCCUCCCCUCUGGCCUCCAAGCCCUUCUCCUGCGACCCCUCUGCCCCCCAGGGCUGCCCAGCCCUGCUGGAGCCCUAUCUCAGCGAGCAGUUCGGGGAUCACCGUGCUGCUCCUCCUCCUCUCCCGGCUGCCACCAGUUCCUUCUUCAGCGCUCCAGCCGUGCCCCCUCUGCUGCCAUCCUUCCCCGGUGACACGGGACACUUCCUGCUCAGAGAGCCCUGGGAGCAGCCCUCACCCGAGAGCCUUGGCCAGCCUGACAGUGCCUGCUCGGAGCCCCUGCAGGCGCCCCCUGCCACCUCCAGCUGCCUCUCCCUGCCCGAACCCGGAGCUGCUUCCCCGUUCCGAGGCUCAGGCUGGAGCCCAGCCCUCCCUGGAGCCCAGCCCUACCCUCUGCACCCCCUUGAAGACGCCCACUACUCCCCCAGCUACGCUGCCACCUCGCCCUACAGCCUGUCCCCGUUCAUGGCCGUGGCCAGCGAGCCCUCCAGGAUGAGCCACCUGUGCCCAGAGCCACCCUCGGAGCCACCACACCUUCCCGAGCACUCUGCCUGGGCCAAAGAGGAUGGAGGUGCCCUCUGGGGGACUUAUGAAGGCAGGAGAACUUAUUGAGGAGAGAAGAGCUGGAGGAAAGAGAACCAGACCGUUAUAAAGCAAAUUUUACCCUCCUUCCUAUGGUGGUGUUCGCAGGGGUCCCACGAUGAGGGAAGAGAUGAGAAUCUUGACUCCAUCUUUCAGAAGGCUGAUUUAUUAUUUCAUGAUACAUAUUAUAUUAAAAGAAAAUGAUAUCUUAAAACUGUACUAAAAGAAUAGAAGAAAAGAUUUCAUCA